AUGACUACUAAAACUGCGUUGAAUGAUUCAUCCAAUCUUGUGCUAACUGAUAGCAACAAUACAUCCUCCAAUAGUCUUUUAACAUCAACUGAAGAAGCCAUUACUGCCGCUACCACCAAUACUAAUAUGCUGACAAUUAUUCAAAAAUCAACGUCAACAAGUCAAAAUACCACUAAUGAUGACGAUAAUGAUAAUAGUCUUAGUAAUGAUAAAUUACCUCCAUUUUCAUUCAGAAAGAAACCGAUUGAUCAAUAUUCCAUUUUAAAAAAUAGAUAUUCAUCAUUAUGUCGAACUAUAUCUUCUUCAUCAUCUACAAACACUACCAUAUCAAAUCAACAAGCUUCGAUGAUGAAUAAAGAAGAAAGUCAAGUCACUUCAGAAGCAGGUAAUGUCAUGUUUAAAGAUGUUGAUUAUGAUGAACAAAUCAGAUUUCCAAGAAUGAAUAAUAUGAAUCAUUAUACUUAUAAAAAGAAAGAUUCUGAUAAUAAGAAAUUUGGAGAAACUUCAGAAGAAGAUGAAGAUGUAGAACAAGUCAAUAUUGAUAAGAUUGUUGAUGAAAAGAUUUCCGGAUCUCAUAAUUCAUCAUCGUCAGUAAUGGUAGUUACUGAUGAUAAACCAGAAGAUAAAAAGUAUAUUCCCGCUGCAUUUGAUUUAAAUCAACCUUUAAGAAGAUACUCUUUACCAGUGAAUAAUCGUAAAUCAUCAGGAAAUUCAAAUCAUACCACUACUUCAGGAUCUGAUUCUCAAAAUAAUGAUAAUAAACAAAUACUAUCUCAACAACAAGAACAAGAUGAAGAGGGUGAAGAUGAAGAAGAAUUAUUAAGAGAAUAUACUUCUAAUAAUUAUAUUUAUCAAAGGAAUCUUGAAUCUGAACAAUUAAAUCAACAAAUUAAUAAUUUAUUAGAAGAUGAUAAGAAAAAAUUCAUUGAUUAUUUACCAAAGAAUAAUCGAAUUAAAAAUCAAUUAUCAUUUAGUAAACCUCCUUUAAGACCAACUCAAUCUCAAUCAAGUAUUAAAACUAAUACCACUACUAAUUCAACGACCACCUCAAACACAGUCACGACUAAUACCGCUAAUCCUCAUAAUCCAAGUAUUAGUAGUAGUACAGGUAGUUCUGAUACUUCAGCUUCAACAGUUUCCAAUCCUACUACAGGAACUAUUAAUCAAGUUUAUCAAUUGAAGAAACCUUUAAUUACUCCGGCAGUACUUCGUCCAAAUUAUGUUGAUAAGCCAUAUAAUAGUAUUCAUAAUCAAAAAUUAGGUGAUUUAUUAACUCCUAUUCAAACUAAUCAUACUUUUACAAAUUCGAUAUAUACAAUUUCAUCACCUAUAUCUCAUACAAGUCCCGAGGAAGUUGAUGAAGUGGAGACAGAUCAUAUUGAACAUGAUGAAGAGUAUCAAAAAGCUGCUGCUAGUAUUAAACGUUCGAUGGCUACUAAUUCAAUUCAUAAUUUUUCAGCAGAACCAACUCAUAUUCAUUGGAAAAGUAAUAAUUUUACCAGUCAUUGUAUGAAAUGUUUUAAAAGUUUUGAUAAUUCUUUAUUAUCAUUAUUUUAUUAUUAUCUUCAUUCCAAUGUGAAUAACAUUAAUAAUUCCAAUAAUGGUAAUACAAGUUCUGCAGCUUCAGUAAAUCAUCCUUCAUCAAGAAGAAGUAAACAUCAUUGUCGAUUUUGUGGAUUGAUUUAUUGUGAUGAAUGUUUAGUUCAAAAUGAUUGUGAGAUGUCUAAUGCAUCAUCAGCAUCAUCAUCAACUACUUCUAUGACAUCGAUUAUUGCUGAUACUGACAAAGUUCGAUUAGAUUCGAAUGCAAGAUUUGUGAUUCCAAUUUAUAAAAACAUUAAACGAUUACCGGUUGAAAAUGAAGAAGUUCAAUUAAUUCAUGAUUCUAAAAAUUAUAAAUUAUUUAAAAUUUGUUUGAAAUGUUAUGCCAUUUAUAAAUCAUUAUUGAAUGAAAUAAAUCUGGCUCAAUCAACAAGUUCAUCUUCAUCAUCACUUAAUAAUCAUCCAACUUCAUCAUCAACCAUAACUUCUAUCAAUGCCAAAAUCUUAAAGUAUAGUCCCUUCAUAUACGUUGAAAAUCCAUAUGUUGAUAAUAUGAAAUUACAACAAGGACAAGCGGCAAAUAAUAGAAAUAAUAAACGGAAAUUAUCGGUCCAAUCGCCUACGGCUGCUAAUCUUAUUCUGAAUUAUACAUCAAGUUCAGGAUUAUCCUCCGGUUCAAAUUCUUUAAAACCUCAUACUAAACAGGAUGAUGAAAGACGACCAUCUAUGGUUGGGGAAGUUCCAUCUGAUUGGACUUGGAGUUCUUUCUGA